AUGUCUUACAAUAACGACCGUGACAACUCAUAUGGAGAGGAACGCAGCUCUGGCUACGGCAACCGUGACCGCAACAACGAGUACUCGUCUGACCGCAACGACGACUCCAACUCCAACAAGCAGUCCGGCGGUUAUGGAGACGACAAUGAGUCUUACUCCAACAAGAAUUCAAGCUACGGCAAUAACGACAGCACAUUCUCAGGCGGCGUAGGCCGCAGCAAUGAUGAUGAAUUUGCCAACAGCCGACAGACUACCGGUAGGAAAGAGUCCGGCUUCGGCGUUGACAACAGCGACACCCUGGACUCCAGCGACAGCACCAAGAACAAGAGCUUCGGAGACCAGUCCGGUGCCUACGGUUCCAAGAACAACCGCUACGGAGAUGACAAUGAGAAGUCGUACAGUUCAGACAAGGUCAACAAGUUUGGCAACAACAAUGAUGACUCGUAUGGCUCCAGCAAGAAAUCGAGCAGCUACAACGAAAACGAGGAUUCAUACGGUUCGAAGAAGUCUGGCUACGGCAACGACUCCAACGAAGAUUCCUAUGGAUCAAAGAAGUCCAGUGGCUACGGCAACACUGACGAGAACGAUACCUACGGAUCCAAGAAGUCCAGUGGAUAUGGCAACAGCAAUGAUGAUGACGACAGCUACGGCGCCAAGAAGUCGAACUACGGCAACACCGAUGACAACGAUACCUACGGCUCCAAGAAGUCAAGCUCCGGAAGCAACGACAACGAAGACUCCUAUGGUUCAAAGAAGUCUGGCUACGGCGAUAGCUCCAACGAGACUUCGUACGGAUCCUCCAACAAGUCAGGCUACGGCAAUGACAACGAGGAUUCGUACGGCUCGAAGAAAUCGAGCUAUGGUAAUGAUAAGGACGACUCGUACGGAUCCAGCAGGAAUGAUCGCGAGGAGACUAGCUCGAGGCGCGACAACGACUACUAG